CACACCCACACACACCCCCUAAGUCGCUUUCCGAUGCUGGGAAGCCGGGACGCUGGGACCGUGUCCGGGAAGAGCGCCGGCGGGGCGGAUAAGCGGCUCGGACACGCGGUCAUCUGGCCUCAGACUUCGGCCCGGUUGGCUGCAGCUGGCGCGCUGCUGAGUUUCGUGUCCUUCAGCCCUUUCCGAGCCUACACCCUCCUGGCCAUCCUUUUGCUUGUGCUGGUUGUCAUGGUGACCAUCAGAAACAUCCUCCGGUCCACAUCCACAGGUGCUCACUUGUGGUGCAGCAUCACAACAAGCUGGGAGCUCAUAGAUUCAAGCCAGAACAACCAGUCUGGAACUGGACCUCAGCUUGGUGAUGCCCUCAAACUUUUCCUCCAGGAAACAUCAACUUUCAAACAACAACAUCCUGGCAAGUUUUGCUUGCUGGUUUGCAGUUUGUGCACCUUCUUUGCUGUUUUAGGACGUUACAUUCCAGGAAUUGUAAUCUCGUAUAUUCUAGUGCUGGCCAUCUUCCUGUGGCCUCUGAUCUCGUCUCGUGAAGUUGGACUGUGGCUGGAUCCAAUUCUGCAGAAGUUGGACUUUGGCAUUGGGGAAUUUGUCCAGAAGAUCAAAGAGAAUCAUGAGAAAAGACUCUUACAGCAUCAGGCUGAGAAAGCGGGCAUCGAGUCCGACCUCUCCUCCAUGUUUCCAAAGCUCGACUCCACAGUGUGUAAGGAAAUGUCUAUAUCAGACACAGAGGCAUCAGAUUUGACGUGGACAGACAACGGCACCUUCAAUCUGUCAGAAGGACACACUCCACAGACCGAGAACUCAGAUGAUCUUGACAAAGAAGAAGUGUUUGCCGGUGGCCUGCCAGAAUUCCCCUCACUUGACAACGGUUCGCUGACCAACGGUGACGAUGACGAUGACUUCAGCCUCGGUCUUCUCUCACCUUCUCCUCACUUCCAGCAGCCGCCGGCCUGCAAACGUCAGAUCUCUGACAAAGCCCUUGAAUUAGUCAACCAGGUGGCGAGCGACGCCAUCGCGGCUGCAGUCACAGCCGCCAUACAGGAGAGAAUAGAGGCAGCUGCUGGAGUCACAGGGCAGUCUGCACUCCCAGAAUGCAUCAGGCUGUUGCCACUGGACCCAGCGGCAGAGUCGGACAGCGAGGUCGAGGACUUUGAGCUGCUGGAUCAGUCGGAGCUGGACCACCUGGAGGAGAAGCUGGAACUGGGAGAGCAGGUCAAGACUGACACAGAAUCUUCUGCCGGAUUCUUCUACAAAAUCCUCAAACGCCGCUGACCAAGUCCACAUGGGGUGGGAGGGAAUCCAGGUGGAGGAGAGGGAGGUUUUACCCAAGAGGACAAAAAUGUUUCUGUUGCUUGUCCUGCAAAGCAUCGAUUUGAACGCCUGUCAGUCUACAAGAGUGUGACAAUCAUCCACGGGUUCAGGACCCCUUUUUGUUUUUAUACAAUUGCUGUGAUUAUGUUUGUCAGAGAAGGUUUUUUUAAACUUGUUUUUCCAGGUAAACUUUUUGAUUAUUUUGAACAUUAAUGUCGCAGAUCAUCAGAUCCCAGUGAGUGC